AUGGCACAACGUACAUACAUCUCAGAGAUUCAUGUACCUAUAAAGAAAGAUGACAUGAGUUUCCAGGACAGGCAGAUCAAACAAUGGGGAGACAUGGAAAGCCGGAUGCAGGAACGCAGAAAGUUAUGGGAGGAAGAGUUUGAAAGAAUGCGCCAAGACUUCUUCACAUUGAAACCCACAGGGAAAUCGCCACAGAGUUUGACCUCAAUGAACCUUGACACGGGGAUACGCAGUAUGUUUGAGACGGAUACUGAUGGGGUUCAAAGGUUCAGAGUUCGCUUUGAUGUCAGCGAGUUCCAACCUGAGGAGAUUCAGGUAAAAGUGCAAGAAAAUAAACUGAUUGUCAACGCCAGACAUGAAGAAAAAUCUGCCCAGACAUCUGUUAGCAGAGAGUACAGCCGCCAAGUGGACAUUCCUAGCAGUGUUGACCAAGAGAAGAUGCAGUGUGUUCUCAGUAAAGAUGGCAUCCUGAGUGUAGAGGCAUCACUGUUCCAAUCCUCCAUCACUAGCAGUGAAGCCAUAUUCCCCAUCAAAUCGUCUCCAGUGAAGUCUCUAGACAUGGCUACCCCGGUCAAAAACCCAAUUAUCACCGAAGCUGAUGGCUCCCGGAAACUUCGAUUACAGGUUGACAUUGGAGAGUUCCGCCCUGAAGAUGUUGUAGUUAAAACAAUGGAGAGAAAGUUGAUUGUUCAUGCUGAACAUGAAGAGAAAUCUUCUGGGAGAACACUGCAUAAGGAAUUUAACAAAGAAUACGAUCUGCCUGAAUCUGUGGACCCAGCCACUAUACAGGCAUAUAUUGCAGACGACAAAAUACUGACAAUAGAAGCACCAUUGAAACCUGCCCAGAGGAAGCUGUAUUCCGUUACACAGAGCCAAGAUGUCAGAAAAGUUGUGGUUACCAAAGAGUCAUCGGUUACCAUUACAGAUGGUCAGAACAGACCGGUUGUUACCAUCAGUGUGCACAGAAAACAAUAA